AUGGAUCGUACCGAAUUUUUCGGCUCGCAGGUCGGUGGCGAGUCCGUCAUUAACUACAGUUAUACCGAUAUGCCCUGGAGGUUGAUGUUAUGGGAUGUGAGAUACUUCUUCACAUUCGCAUGGGCCUUACCUUUUGUAAUCUGGCCUGUUCGUCCUUGCGACGGCGAUCAUUUUGACGAAUUAUCAUCAACUUGGCAGAAUUUAUGGUGCAUGUCCAUUCAUGCGAUACUUCUGGUUCUUCAGUUAAUUUUUAUAUUAUCUCUGCCUCUGGCUUUUCUCCUUCCGGUUUGGAUGGUAGCGAUAGGAAUAGGCGCAUUCUUCACGUUGAACUGGUUUUUAUGCCUGGGUUUGAAUGGGAAGACCAUCACAUUCGAGUCUGACCCGAAAUAUGCACCCGCUAAGGACGAACACGCACAUGAGCAGUGGAUUUUCUUAAAUGGUGUAGCCGUCGGGGAGGCUUGGCUAAAAAGCAAUAUCAAUCGUUUGGCCAUCACUUUCAAGCGACCAAUCAUUGGUGUUCAUAAUCGUACUGACGGUAUCAUAUUUGAUAUUGUUGAAUGUCUCAUUCAACGUAAUUUUGGGUAUGCAACGAGCGAUGUACGGAUGGCGUACAAAAUCAUUAAGGAAAAACUGUACAACCCGAAAUACACUAAAGUGAUUUUCAUUCUACACUCACAAGGUGGAAUCGAAGGUGGACUGGUUCUCGACUGGUUACUUCAAGAGUUACCGCAGGAUCUCCUAUCGAAACUUGAAGUAUACACGUUUGGAAACGCAUCCAACCAUUUUAACAAUCCGCAUCGACAUGUCGAGUCUCAGUCAUCGGAACAGAAAUAUCCUUUGACAGAUACUCAUAUACCCACUGUAAUCGCCGAGAUCCCUCUUACUGACUCACCAGUUGAGACUCAAUCAUCGCGAAGGCGACUUUCAAACGGUAGCAAAUCUUCGUUUGAGGUUAAUGGAGGACGUGUUCCUACACUCACCUCGCUGUCAAAAGAGUCUACUGUGUCGCGUGCAACUGCAUAUACUGUACCAGCAUCCGACCGAGCAAUCGCGCAUGUCGAGCAUUACGCCCACACGACUGAUUUCGUAGCUUUGUGGGGAAUCUUGCAUUUCGUAACGAACGAGCGUGCCUCUCCAGAGAUGCCCCGUUAUAUCGGUCGUGUUUUUCGCCGUUCUUCCCCACGCGGUGGACAUCAAUUCUGCCAACACUAUUUGAACGGGAUGUUUCCACUUGCGCGUGAUGCUAAAGGAGAGUUUAUUGGAUGCGCCGAACGAAACGAGUUCAUGGACAGCAUUGUGGAAGUGGCUAAGAAGGGCACGGAAAAGGAAGACAUACGUGAGGCUGUUGAGAAUGCCUGGUCUAUGCUUGAAUCUAGCGGGGAAGAGGUGAAUGGUGUUAAGGAUGAGGUUGCGAUACACGGCAGUUUUUACGAGAAGAAGUCCGAACUCAACGACGGAACCGUAAGAGUGAAGGAUCUAAGUCGGUUGUGGCAGUACAGAAAUGGAAGGAGCCCACCAGAUCUCCCUAGAGAGGUGAGAAACGAAUUGAGAAGGAUGACAGUGGAAUAA